GGAAAGAGGGAGACAGACUCCAAACUUGUUCCCACUGUGUUUUUGCAGCUUGCCGUAGACCUGAACUAGGAUGUGGCAAGAGAUCAGACCAGUCCAGGGAGCAGCCAAGAUUAGCUGGGAUUUAAAAUAAAACCCUUUAACAGGAGGUCACCUAGAAUAACGCUCACGUAUGUAUCCGUGAAGAGGCCUGAGGACCAUAUCCGGAGAAGUGCCAACAACAUGCCCAAGCAGGUGGAGGUACGAAUGCACGACAGCCAUCUCAGCUCAGAGGAACCGAAGCAGCGGCAUCUAGGCUUACGUCUGUGUGAUAAGCUGGGGAAGAAUCUCCUGCUCACACUGACUGUGUUCGGUGUCAUCCUGGGGGCAGUGUGUGGAGGGCUUCUUCGCUUGGCAUCUCCUCUCCACCCUGAUGUGGUCAUGUUAAUAGCCUUCCCAGGGGAUAUACUCAUGAGGAUGCUAAAAAUGCUCAUCCUCCCUCUCAUCAUCUCCAGCUUAAUCACAGGGUUGUCGGGCCUGGAUGCUAAAGCCAGUGGGCGCUUGGGCACGAGAGCCAUGGUCUAUUACAUGUCUACAACCAUCAUUGCUGCAGUGCUGGGGGUCAUCUUGGUCUUGGCUAUCCACCCGGGGAACCCCAAACUCAAGAAGCAGCUGGGGCCCGGGAAGAAGAAUGAUGAGGUGUCCAGCCUGGAUGCCUUCCUGGACCUUAUUCGAAAUCUCUUUCCUGAAAACCUGGUCCAAGCCUGUUUUCAACAGAUUCAAACGGUGACCAAGAAAGUCCUGGCGACACCUCCGUCAGACGAGGAGGGCAAUGCCACCAACGCUGUCAUCUCCUUGUUGAACGAGACUGUGAUGGAGGCGCCUGAGGAAGCGAAGGUGGUUAUCAAGAAGGGCCUGGAGUUCAAGGACGGCAUGAAUGUCUUAGGUCUGAUAGGGUUUUUCAUUGCUUUUGGCAUCGCCAUGGGGAAGAUGGGAGAGCAGGCCAAGCUGAUGGUGGAAUUCUUCAACAUUUUGAAUGAGAUUGUAAUGAAGUUAGUGAUCAUGAUCAUGUGGUACUCUCCCCUGGGUAUCGCCUGCCUAAUUUGUGGAAAGAUCAUUGCAAUCAAGGACUUAGAAGUGGUUGCUAGGCAACUGGGGAUGUACAUGAUCACGGUGAUUGUGGGCCUCAUCAUCCAUGGGGGCAUCUUUCUCCCCUUGAUUUACUUUGUAGUCACCAGGAAAAACCCUUUCUCCUUUUUUGCUGGCAUUUUCCAAGCUUGGAUCACUGCCCUGGGUACUGCUUCCAGUGCCGGAACUUUGCCUGUUACCUUCCGUUGCCUGGAAGAAAAUCUGGGAAUCGAUAAGCGCGUGACCAGAUUUGUCCUCCCGGUUGGAGCAACCAUCAACAUGGACGGUACAGCCCUUUAUGAAGCGGUGGCCGCCAUCUUUAUUGCCCAGAUGAACGGUGUUAUCCUGGAUGGAGGCCAGAUUGUGACUGUGAGCCUCACGGCCACGCUGGCGAGCGUGGGUGCAGCCAGUAUCCCCAGUGCGGGCCUCGUCACCAUGCUCCUCAUCCUGACGGCUGUGGGCCUGCCGACGGAGGACAUCAGCCUGCUGGUGGCCGUGGACUGGCUGCUGGACAGGAUGAGAACUUCAGUCAAUGUUGUGGGGGACUCUUUUGGGGCUGGGAUUGUCUAUCACCUCUCCAAGUCUGAGCUGGAUACCAUUGACUCCCAGCAUCGAGUGCAUGAAGAUAUUGAAAUGACCAAGACUCAGUCCGUUUAUGAUGAUGUGAAGAACCAUAGGGAAAGCAACUCUAAUCAAUGUGUCUAUGCCGCACACAACUCUGUCAUAGUAGAUGAGUGCAAGGUGACUCUGGCAGCCAACGGAAAGUCUGCCGACUGCGGAGUCGAGGAAGAACCGUGGAAACGUGAAAAAUAAGGAUGUGACUCUCAGCAAAUUUUUGAACAAACUCCCCAGCGUAUCUUAUGGUAAAAAGAGAAUAUAAACAAGCUGUCUUUAAAAA